GUCAACUCCCACCUCUCUCGCUGACUCUCUCUAAAAAAAAAGAAAAAAAUGGAAAAAAAAAGAGAGAAAUGGUCAACUGCCACCUACCAGUGAGAGUAACACCCCCAGGCUUGUGGAUUAAUUACAAAAGAGCCCCUCGAGAAGUAGACGAGACGCAGAGAGGUCCAUCGAUUCGAGAUCGCGCAAAUCUCACCUCGCCUUCUCCGCCGCCGCCGCCGCCGGCCAUGCCACCGUCCCCGGCCGCCGCGGGGGCAGCCUCCCCGUCGAACUCCUCGGCAGCGUCCGCGUCCGAGCCCACCCCGUCUUGGUGGGAGUCGGUGUCGCAGGCGCGGUCCCGCAUCCUGGCGCUCUCCUCCAUCCUCCCGCCGCCGGCCGAUUCCGACGUCGCGGCGCUCGCGGACUCCGACCGCCCCGCCCGCGCUCUGCUGCGGUCCUCCGCCGCCUACGCCGCGCUGUCCGCGGCACUCCGGUCGGGGGGUGGGGCGGACGACCCCGCCUGCCACUGGCUCUACGACACGCUGCUCUCCCCGGACCCCGACCUCCGCCUCGCCGCGCUCGCCUUCCUCCCGCUCCUCUCGUCGCUCUACCUCCUCCGCCUGCCGCCCGCGCUCCCCUCCUCGCUCUCCGGCUUCGAGGCCGUCCUCCUCGCCGUCUACUCCUCCGAGGCCAAGAAUCGCCAGGGCAAGCCCGUCCUUGUCCAGGUACCCGACCUCUCCGUCCCCUCCCUUUACCACACGCCGCUUUCCAGCCCCAGCUCGAAGUCCCCUCGCCGGCCGCAGCCGCCGCCGAUUCCCCCUCCCGCGGGGAAUGUCGUGGUGGGUGUGCUGUCGCCGCCGCUUGAGCCACAGGCGGCGGUGAAGUCGACCAAGCGCGCGGGGAUUAUUGGAGUUGCCUUCGAGGCGUAUUAUGCCAAGAUUUCGCAGAUGCCGCCUGCUUCCAAGGUGGAUGCUUGCAAUGCCGUGGCGGCGUGGGCGGGGCAGUACUGCAAAUGCCGUUUUGAGCUUGAUGAAAAGGAGUUGGAGGAGGAGGAGGCAGAUUCAUUGGGGUCUGUUUCGCCAUUGUCAUCAGAGGCUGAGAACGGGAAGGCCUUGGAGGAGGAAAUGGCAAAGAUGCGUGUCAAUGGAGACAGCAAUGGUCGGAAUUGUGGCGAGAGAGAGGGGAGGGUGCCACUCCCGUGGGAGCUUCUGCAGCCGGUGAUGAGAGUUCUUGGUCACUGCUUGCUAGCUCCACUGAAUCCUACAGAGGUGCGGGACGCUGCAGCAGAAGCCGUGCGGGUUGUCUAUGCCCGCUCAUGUCAUGAGCUUGUGCCACAGGCUAUCUUGGCAUCCCGUAGCUUGAUUGAGCUCGACAAAAGUGCACGCAAGGCUGCCAAGGAAGCUGCCGCAGCAGCUUCUGGGGCAAUUGUGCCGGUAGGCACGGCUGGGAGCACUGCGUCGAGCUCUAGGCCAAGCUCCAAGCCAAACACACCAGGCAAGCAGCGGAAGCCUGAUGUACUGCUGGUGUCAAAGUGAGGUUGAUUGUGUUAUAUCUUGUAAGAUUGUCUGCACUGGUGAUAAAAGAGUUCAUUUUUCGCAUAAGUCUGUCACUGGAAUUUCUUUGAGGUCUAUGGAAACUAGUGCUUAAAGGUUGACUCUUGUGGCUUGGAAAACCAUUGGUUUUAGUAUGUAACCAAUUCUGUAUUGUAAGUUAUCUUGUCUUGUUA